AUGAAGACGAGCUCUGAAGAUUACCAUCUAUUGAGUGAUGAUGAGCUUCUUGAGGAUGAACCAACCUUUCCUCUUCAUCGCCGUACCUUGCAAGGUCGGCCCCGAUACGUCGUACCGCUAAUCCUCACAUUGAUCGGUUCUCUAUGUUUGAACGUCUUUUUUGGUACCCGGAAUCUGCAAAUUCCUGAUUUUACACAUCUGAGCAACAGUGGCAGGAGUUAUUUCGCUGGGCUUUCCCGUGAUGUUCCAACCACUUUCGAGCGCGGGGGUGUUUAUUUUGACGACAACGAGACGAUCAGCAACGCAGCAUGGGAUGCGAUUGAAUACUAUCACGGCACUGUAGCCCUCGACCACGAUUAUGCAGCGUCGAAGGGUCUACCGCGAUCGCAAAACUUUCCAUGGGACGACACCAAAGGCAUCUACUUCCUGAACGGGUUCCACGAUCUCCACUGCGUGAAGCGCAUUCGACGAACGAUGCUGCAGCUCCGUGAUGGCGUCCCCCUCACCUCCCCGGUCUCCCACUCCCUCCAUUGCCUCAACUCGCUGCGCCAAGACAUCCUCUGCGCCGCCGACGACACCCCUCUCUACACCAGUUACGACCACCCCGGCGCCGUCGGUUUCGACCAACCGCGGAAAUGCCGAAGCUGGGAAGCGCUCGAGGAUUGGGCCAAUGAGCGCACGGCGUGCUGGCGCGAUAUAAAUUCUGGUCAGCAUAUCGAUACGCUGUUUAGGUACCGGUACUGUCCCGAAGGGUCACCGUAUAAUGAACACAUCCGUGCUAUCUUUGGGGAGUUUGAGAAGGGGGAGAAUGCAAGUGCUUUUACCUGA